AUGAAAUUCGUGCGUCAAAUUUGUGAAGAUAUAUAUUUGCGAUAUGAGUCACGUGUUAUGAGUCAAGCAAGUAAUGAUGAUAUUACUACUAAGCCCACUUCUAGUCGAGAUGCAGCUCUCGCAAGUGACAUGGACUCAUUAGAUGCUUUCUUUUCAUGGAAUUCUGAAAAUGAAUUAGAAAGGUACUUAGAGGAAGGCACUUUACCCCAGAUUCACGAGUUUGAUUUGUUAGGUUGGUGGAAGUUAAAUGGGGUUAAGUAUCCUACAUUGUGUUUGAUUGCAAAAGACAUAUUAGCCAUUCUUAUCUCCACUGUUGCUUCAGAGUCUUCUUUUUCUACAAGUGGUAGAAUCGCUAGUCCACAUAGGAGUACACUUCUUCCGUCAACAAUUGAAGCUAUCAUAUGCACUCAAAAUUGGCUAUGA